GUAUAAACACAAUGGACUGAUGCUUAUCCUCUAAUAUUUAACAAAUUCACGCAAAUAUGGUCAGAAACUGUAGUCAGCUUUUGUUUUUCCCACUUGUAGUUGCUGAAGUGAAGCCCGUGUCAUAUUUAUAACAAGUUAAGAUAAGAACUUAAGUGUCAAUCUUUAGGCAUCAAUAUUACUAUAUAAUUUGUUGUUGAACAGCGUGAACGCGCACGUCCGGAUGAAGUGGAGUGCCGUGCGCGCGCCCCAAAGCACCGAUUCACAAAAGCGGCAGAUCUGCAGAGAGGCGAACACACACGCAGCCCCUUCUCAUCCUGCUACACCAAAGCGGAGAAGAAACCGGAGCGAUUUGGUUCUGCUGGGUUUUGCCGUCUCCGUCUGGACCAGAACUCGCCACAGAGAUGAGACUUUUAAAAGUCACUUAAAACCCAUCAUUUGGAUCCUGUUCACUUCAAACGCCGCUGAUGUCCCACCGCGCGUCGGAUGCGGCAAAGAUGGCAUAACUUUACAUGCAUUGGGUUCAGUUUCGCGUUGGGACAUUCAUCCCAGCUCGGAACCCGCGUCCAGGCAGCUGAGGCCGAACAAGAGGCGAGGCGGCGGGAGGAGGGGGAACCGUGAACCCGGAGCGGCCGGGCGGGAUGGUGCGCUUCUGGAACUGCCUGCUGCUGGGAUAUCUGACCUGGAACCUGCGCAUAUCGGACGCUCAGGGGGAGUACUGCCACGGCUGGCUGGACUCUAACGGGAACUACCAUGAGGGCUUUCAGUGUCCGGAAGACUUUGACACCACGGACGCGACAGUGUGCUGCGGCUCCUGCGCGCUGCGCUACUGCUGCGCGGCCGCGGACGCACGCCUGGACCAGGGGGUCUGCACCAACGACAGGGAGGUGGACAACACGGAGUUUGCCCCGCAGCCCAUCUAUGUUCCCUUCCUCAUGGUGGGAAGCAUCUUCAUCGCCUUCGUCAUCGUUGGCUCCCUGGUGGCGGUCUACUGUUGCACCUGCCUGCGGCCCAAGCAGCCCACCCAGCAGCCCAUCCGCUUCUCUCUGCGCAGCUGCCAGGGAGAGACCAUCCCCAUGAUCCUGACCACGGCCCCGCCCAGCCUGCGCGCCCCGUCUCGGCAGUCCAGCACGGCCACCACCAGCUCCAGCUCGGCGGGCGGGGGCAGCUCCACGCGGAGGUUUUCUCUGGGGGGUCCGGCCCAGCAGCAGCAGCACGGCUGCCUUGUGACUGCCACCGUCUCCUCCUCAGCCUCCACUCCCAGUCAAACCCCACAGACUCUACUACCUCCUCCACCGCCUCCGCCCUACACAUCACCGCCCAUAACAGGAGCGCUCCAGCACCCACAGCUGCAGCUCCACCAGCCCUCUCAUCCCGCUCAGAGCACCAGCUUCCUGCUUCCCCAGCAGUACUUCUUCCCCCUGCAGCCCGACGCCUUCACAGCAACCAAGGGCUUUGCUGACUUUGGACAGAGCUGACAGGCGUCACCAGAGGCUUACAGGAACUCCUGGACGGCGGAGCAUGAGUCAGUGAGAACAAACAUGGCUGCCUGAAUGAGUGAACUGGACACAACAACAGGCCUGUUUGGGGACCAUUUCUACAUUUUAUGCACUUUUAUAAAGCCAGCAGAUCCCUGUGGUCUAACUAAACUCUUGUCCAACUUCCUCCAGAAACAUCAAAUGUCUCAAAAUGUUGUUGUUUUUUAUAGAAGUAUAUUAUACAGAGAAUGUAGGAAGUUUUAAAUGUAAAAAAUGACACCUGAGAGUGAAGAGACGCUUUGUGUGGAAAUGUGGGUGUUUGUGAAAUGACUCCCUAAUGUACGCUAAUUAAAAGCUGUUUAUUGUCAGUUCUGUGAAGCAUAUCUCAGAUCUACACAAAAACAACUCUGGUCCUCUUGGGUCAGGCAUACGGUCAUGGGAAAUAAUGAGAAAACCCUUCAGCAGCUUAUUUGAUUUUGUGACAUUUUGACGUAUGGAUAUUUAAAAUAAUCUAAUACCUAAAAAUGCAAGUAUUAUAUAGAAAGACUAAAGAAUGAAGAAAAUGCAUUUCUAGGUUUUUUGUAAACUGUAAAAAAAAAAAAAAAAAAACACUGCAGCUUCCCUAAGGGUCAUAGAAAAAGGGCACCUACAUGUUUACGUCAACUAAAAUUAAACAUGAUCUCAUCAGAUAAAGAUCAGAAAAUCUUUGCUCUGCAUUGUGAUGAAAGUUUAGACCUCAGAUAUCCAGCUUGGUGUCCUCCUGACCGUGUGAGGGAGCAACCGGAUCUUGCUCCCUCACAAAACACCAGAAAAUCAACAGGACACUUCCUGUUGAUGUUUUAAUUUCUUUAUUAAUUUCAAGAAUAAAGAAAUUAAAACAUUGUUGAUGUUGAGUCGAAGCCCAAACAUUCGUGUCGCUUUGAGAGUGAUACAGACUGUACACGGAAAAACACCCCAAACAUCUCACCGACUGAAUGAUGGCUACAAAAAGGUGCAGUUAGCGUUUAGAUUUCAUAAUUUCUUCCUUUCCUGAGAUGAAAACAAAUAGAUUAGACACUAAUGUGUGAGGGUGUCCUAUUAAAGCAGCUAAAUAAGUGAGUAAUUAAUGGGCGGUGGCCGGUGGACAGGUCGGACCAACACGGUAGCUCCCUACCUGUAGCUUCUUCUUGCGCCAGACUUCACGGCAGGAAUGCAGAGCUGAGAUCCGUCAUUGUCAGUGCUCAAUGAGCAUGGCAUGGUCGCAGUGUUAAAAACAACUCCCUCCAGAAACAGGUUUAUGUUGCAGCAGGAGCUAUAGGGGAGCCGCCACAAAGACCUUUCUGUUCCCCGGUUACCUGACUGUGAAACUGAUCUGGUGAUCAGCAUCUCCUGAAACCUGCUGCGGAUGUUUGCUGCUGCGUGGAGAGGAUACACAAAAUUACAGCUUUUAUCACAAAAAUGCAUCUUACAGGAUGAGUUUCAGGGUGAACAUCUGCAACACAUUCAACGUCUGUCCUCUCAAAGGAAAGUACAAGUUGGCAACAGAUCUAGAACGUUUCUGGAGAGAUACUUUAAUGCAUUUGCAAAGUUAAAUAAAGCUACCCUCCUUACAGGAGCACUGGAA